AGUAAUUAAGAUAGAACUCGUAAUCAGCCAUGGCAGCGACAUUUUUCACACGGGUAGGGUUGUAUUAGACAUAGCGUGUACUGAUUCGGGCUUUUUCUCCACAGGGGAUACGACAAACGGUGCCGCCGGGAUGCCGGGCCAUCUUCCCCCGGAUCACCAGCUUAAGCCGGCAUUUCACUCUCCACGCGUCAAAACAGGCCUCAAAUAACUUGGCGCGUGGAUGGCAUGAUUUGGGGAAGUUGGGGAACGUGGAAAUUUGAUGUAUCGAUUUCGUGGAGAAUCCACGAGAAAAUAUAUAUAUAUAUAUAUCCUUGAAUAUGAGUUGCUCCUGGAGUAGUGUUGCGUGCUCGUCAGUGCAUCGAAAUCACUUGACGAAGGAAUUCGAAGAACAUCGAACGCAAUGGCCUCUAGCAAGCUUGCCUUCGGCCUCGCAGUCCUCAGCCUCGCCGCCGCGCAGAAACCUGGAAACACUACUGAUGUUUAUCCCGAGUUGAUAACUUACCGAUGCACCGUGGCUGGCGGUUGUAAGGAGUCGACCAAUUACAUCGUCCUCGACUCAUCUGCACAUCGGGUUCACCAAGACGGCAGCGAUGUUGGCUGUGGUGACUGGGGCAACAAGCCCAAUGAAACGGCUUGCCCUACCAAGGAGGCAUGCGCUCAAAACUGCAUUAUGGAGGCUCAAGUCGACUACAGCAGCAUUGGUGUCACGACUGAUGGAACCUCGUUGAACUUGCAGAUGAUCGUUGGCGACGACGUUGUCUCUCCCCGCAUCUACCUCCUAGAUGCAGCCAAGGAGAAAUAUGACCUGUUAAAGCUCACCGGUGCCGAGAUCACCUUCGACGUCGAAGCUAGCCAUCUGCCGUGCGGCAUGAAUAGCGCUUUUUACCUCUCUGAGAUGUUGGAAGAUGGAGGUAAGAGUGAGCUGAACCCUGGUGGAGCUGCCUGGGGUACUGGAUACUGUGAUGCCCAGUGCUAUGUCACUCCUUUUAUCAACGGUGAGGGCAACGUUGACGGCAAGGGCGCUUGCUGCAAUGAGAUGGACAUCUGGGAGGCCAACUCGCGUUCCACCCAAAUUGCACCUCACACUUGCAACCAGACCGGACUAUACAUGUGCACAGGAGACGAGUGCGGAGACGACGGUGUCUGUGAUAAGGACGGUUGCAGUUGGAACCCCUACCGCCUUGACCAGCCCAACUACUACGGAAGGGGAGCGAACUACACGGUAGACACGACCAGGCCAUUCACGGUCGUCACCCAGUUCCCCGCCGACGAGGAGGGCAAAUUAAAGGAGAUCCACCGCCUGUACGUCCAGGAUGACAAGGUCAUCAGAGCCGAGGUAGUGAAGAAGACUGGUAUACCCGAGGUUUCAUUCACCAACGAUGAAUACUGCGCUGCGACAGGCGCGACUAGUUUCAUGAACCUUGGCGCCCACGAGGAAAUGGGGGAUGCUCUGACUCGAGGAAUGGUCUUGACUUUCAGCAUCUGGUGGGAUGAAGAAGGCUACAUGUCGUGGCUUGACGGCGCCGAAAGGGGUUCUGGCCCCUGCAACGCCACCGAGGGAGACCCCACGAACAUCCGUAAGAUCGAGCCGCAUCCUGAGGUGACAUUCAGCAACCUGAAGUGGGGUGAGAUUGGAUCGACGUUCCCUGCUCAAUAGAUGCUGUAGGAGGGUUAGAUCAUACAGAUUUCUUGCAUAUUAUUUGGUCCUUGGAUAUUUGUGUCUUGUUGUUGUCUAACCGGAACACACCCACCAAGUUAUAUCAAGUAGGUCGUAUCAAGUCGUAUCAACUCGCCAAAUAAAAUACACGUGCAUUCCAUAACCGUAUACCGUCUACG